CCGUCGGUCAAGUGCGAGACGCGAGAGGCGGAGCGUGCGGCUCUCCGGGGCGGGGCGCGGUCGCUGGGUCGGUCAGCUGACCUCAGCGCGGACGGAUGCCAGAAGCCGGGUCCCCGACGGAUCCUGACUGGAGCGAACACUUGCCAGACUCCCAGCCCCUGCGCCUUCCUCCCGGACCUGGUCCCUCCCUCUGCAGCCAUGGUCUGGAGGAAGCUGGGCACCGGGAACUUCUCCAACUGCCCCAACGGCUCCAGCCAGUGGAUCUGGGAUGUUUUUGGUGAAUGUGCCCAGGACGGCUGGGAUGAGGCCAGCGUGGGCCUGGGCUUGAUCUCCAUUCUCUGUUUUGCCGCAUCCACCUUUCCCCAGUACAUCAAGGCCUGCAAGAUGGGCAACAUGGACCAGGCCCUGUCCCUGUGGUUCCUCCUCGGCUGGAUCGGUGGAGACUCCUGCAACCUCAUCGGCUCCUUCCUUGCUGAACAGCUGCCCCUGCAGACCUACACAGCUAUGUAUUACGUCCUGGCGGAUCUGAUGAUGCUGAGCCUGUACUUCCAUUACAAGUUCAAGAAACGACCCUCUCUGCUGUCUGCCCCCAUCAAUUCUGUGCUCUUCUUCAUCCUGGGCACAGUGUGUUUCCUGCCACUCCUGAGCGGCACUGAUCCUGCGGUCGCCCCAAGGGAACGCUUCCGGGGACGGGCCCUGCUGUCCGUGGAGCCGGGCAGUAAGCCCUUCACCAAGCAGGAAAUCGUCGGUUUCGUCAUUGGCUCCAUCUCCAGUGUGCUGUAUUUGCUCUCGCGACUGCCUCAGAUCCGCACCAACUUCCUCCGGAGGUCCACCCAGGGGGUCUCCUACUCCCUGUUCGCACUGGUGAUGCUGGGGAACACACUGUACGGGCUGAGCGUGCUGCUCAAAAACCCCGAGGUGGGCCAGAGCAAAGGCAGCUACCUGCUGCACCACCUGCCAUGGCUUGUGGGCAGCCUGGGCGUGCUGCUGCUUGACACCGUUAUCUCCAUCCAGUUCCUGGUGUAUAGGAACCACGCGAGCGCGGCUGCAGCCUCCGAGCAUGAGCCCCUUCUCCGCAGCUGACCAGCACCAGCUGAGCCCGGGCUAGCCAAGGCCCUCCAUGCCACCUCAGGAGUGGAGAGGUGCGGGCAGUGAUGUUGAUGCUGCCGCCCCUGGACUUGGCCUUCAGAGGCAACCUGAGGGAGGCCUAGAGCUCUGGGCCCAGCUCCCUUCUCACCAUGCCUCCACAUCCUGCAGACUCUUCUAGAAGCCAGAUGUCGCCCUACCUCCCACACUGGCUCGGCUCGGCUCGGCUCAUCCGGGAUGCACCUCCCGGGGUCUAAGGUGCACCCGAGGAACCUGCGGGGAGCCCACAGCUCAGAACCCAGAAGACAGUGUGGCUGCCGCCCCUGUCUGCCUCUACCUCGUUAUGUCUCGUGCACCCCUGGCCGCACCGCAGCCAGAUGACCCAGGACUGUCACGCUGACUGGACACAACCUAGUAAACGGUACUUCCCA